UUGAAGAGAGAAAAGUAAUGGCAUCACUUAAGUUUAUCAUCUCUCUCUUGCUGGUUGUGGUUGCUCUUGUCACACAGGCUCAGGUGGCUCGAUCACAGAAUUGUGGAAAUGAGCUUAAUAGCUUGACUGUUUGUGCCCCUUUUGUGCUUCCUGGCUCACAAAACUCCAACCCCAGCUCUGAAUGCUGCGCCGCAAUAAGAGGUGUCGAUCAGGGUUGCUACUGCAAUACUAUGAGGAUUAUCUCUCGUCUUCCUUCUCAAUGCCAACAGUCUCCCAUGACUUGUCCAUGAGCAAGAGAUUGGGCUCGGGGAGUGAUCGACUGAUCAUUGAAUAAAUUGGAGUUACUAGCCGCAAGCCCGCAACA